GAGCGCCGCGUGCUCUUCCACACCCAGCUGGUCAACCCCCGCGCCAUCGCCGUCGACCCCCUGCGAGGCAACCUCUACUGGACGGACUGGAAUCGGGAAGCACCCAAAAUCGAAACAUCCACCGUCGAUGGAGCCAACAGGAGGGUCCUGGUGAACAGGGACAUUGGGCUGCCCAACGGCCUCACCUUCGACCCCUUCUCCAAGCUGCUGUGCUGGGCAGAUGCAGGCACCAAGCACCUGGAGUGCAUGCUCCCCGACGGCUCGGGCCGGCGCGUCAUCCAGGAGAACCUCAACUACCCCUUCAGCCUCAUCAGCUACGCCAACCACUUCUACCACACCGACUGGAGACGGGAUGGUGUGAUAGCUAUUGAUAAAGAAACUGGUGCCUUUACUGACGAGUAUCUUCCAGAGCAGCGCUCCCAUCUCUAUGGAAUAACUGCAGUUUAUCCUUACUGCCCUGGAGGUUACUACAAUAAUUGA